UAUAAUGUGUUAUAUAGAACCCUCAGGUCAAAAAUGAGGAAGAUUGAAGAAGUUAUUAGUUUAUACAGAAAAUAUGGCUGUUUAGCUGAACCAUUAAAGGGAUAUAUCUCAAAUCAAUCUAAGGGAGAUAAUAUCACUUUGAAAACUCAAUGGAAACAGAUUGAUUUAGAAAGGAUAGAAAAUAUAAAAUUUAGCAAAAAUUAUAUAGUUAGGAAUGGUCAGCAAAAUCAGUUUGAUGUUCAGUCUACAAAUAUUGUCACAGAAAACAAUGAACUUUGGAAUAAGGAAUCCCCGUCAGGAAGGUUGAAUGUCAUUAUCAGAAAUAUCACAACAAAGAAAGAAGAAGAAAAACAAUAUAUUGAGAUUUGGGAUGACAGACAGAAAAUAAAGAAUUACAACAUCACAAGUCUAGAAAAACAUGGAAAAAUAUGUGAUCCAGAUGGGCAGUUUGGAUCUGUAUGUUGGUCAGCAAGUGAGAAAAAUUUACUGUACAUUGCUGAGAAAAAGAAAUUGAAAACUGUUUCCUAUUUUGAUUCAAAAUUAGACAAGGAUGAUAAGAAUGAAGAAGAAAAACAUGUCAAAGGAGAAGAACAUGAUUACCUAGAUGACUGGGGUGAACAAUUGGUUGGUAAAACAAGUCCUGUUAUAUGUAUCUUAGAUAUAGAUAAUGGUGAUGUCAAAGUUCUGGAUAACAUACUGGACAAUCAUUCUCUGGGACAGGCAGUAUGGGCACCAUCAGACUCUGGAGUUGUUUUCACUGGAUAUAAGAAUGGUCCAUAUAGAUUAGGUCUAAUAUAUUGUCCAAUCAGAGAGAGUGCAAUCUAUUAUUGGGAUACUGUAUCCAACAAAUGUGAAAAAUUAAGUGAUGAGACCAGAUCCAGUGCACUGCCUAGAUUUAGUCCAGAUGGAACAAAGUUAAUAUAUUUUGAUAAUGAUAUAGGAGGUCCACAUUACCAGUGUUCUAGACUUCUCAUGUGUGAUUGGCAAUCCAGAAAGACAUCAGUGAUAGUAGAUAUAGUCAAAGAACCUGAAGUUGAAAGCUUUCCGGGUCUAUUCGUAGCAUCACUACCUACCAAGUGUUGGUCAGAUGACAAUAGGAGGAUAAUUUUAUCCAGUUUCUGGAGAAGUUCUGUGGCUUUAGUAUUUGUUGAUGUAAAAGACAAAACUGUCACAAGGUUAAAAACAAAUGUAAAAGGUGAUGCAGUAUUGAUGGAUGUUUUAAAUGACAAACUUCUCCUGAAAUGUAGUGCAUUAAAUCAACCACCUUAUUUGGCUAUAAGUUCCUUGCCAGCUGCUGGACAGGAAGGGGAGAUUACUGUAAAUCCACUAGAUGAACCUAUACCCAUCCCUGGAAUAUCAUGGGAAGUUAAAACAUUCUUUCCAACAGACAGACCACAUGCUAAACUUGGAGCAUUAAACUAUGAAACAAUUCUAGUGAUGCCAGAAGUGUCUGAUGUUAAACCACCUCUUAUUGUGUUCCCACAUGGAGGACCUCAUUCUGUUUUUACAGAGGGAUAUAUGUUAUACACAUCUUGUCUAAUUUCCUGUGGAUUUGCAGUAUUGUACAUAAAUUACAGAGGUUCCAUAGGAUUUGGUGACAAUAGUUUAAGAUCAUUGCCAGGGAAUAUUGGUGACCAGGAUGUUAAAGAUUGUCAGGCAGCAGCAGAAGAUGUUGUAAAAUCUGGUAAAGUAAAUGGCGACAAGGUUGUAGUGUUUGGUGGCUCUCAUGGAGGAUUUCUUACAGCACAUUUGAUUGGUCAAUAUCCAAAAUUUUACAAAGCAGCCUGCUGUCGUAAUCCAGUGAUUAACUUGUCAACUAUGGUAGGAUCGACAGAUAUCCCAGAUUGGUCAUUCUUUGAAAGUGGACAUCCAUUUGACCACAAGGCAGCAUUGAAUGAGACUAUAUUAACAGAUAUGUGGAGGAAGUCCCCUAUUAGAUAUAUUGAUCAGGUAGAAGCUCCUUGUCUAGUUAUGUUAGGUGCUGAUGAUUUAAGGGUACCAGUCAAACAGGGAAGAGAAUACUAUAGAGGAUUGAAAGCAAGAAAUAAAGUAACAAGAUCGAUAUCUUAUGAAGGAAACAGUCAUCCCAUUAUAAAGACAGAUAGUCAGGCUGAUGCCUUCGUCAACAUGGUAGAAUGGUUCAAGAAAUAUCUGCAAUAAAGUCAACAGUGUUGUGUAUGACUUGAUACCAACUAUAGCAUUUACCUUACAUAGUAAUGGUGCUUGCAGUCUAGGCCAGAGAAGUUAACAAAUGUGAUGUCAUACCGAUGUUGUGUGUUUUAUAAACAAAUGUGAUGUCAUACCGAUGUUGUGUGUUUUAUAAACAAUUUGAAGUUGAAACAAUUAUUCAGAUGUGAUAUUUUAAUCAGACUACAGAUUUGAGUAUACACAUAUAUAUGGAGAAAAUCGAAAUUGAAAAGUUAUUAUGAUCAAAUAAUUUACUGCACAAUAAUCAGUAUCAGUUGAUAUUAUGUGAAUUAUAACUGAUGAUAUUUAGUUUUAUCUAAAUUAUAAGUGGUUAUUGAUAUUAUAUAAAUUAUAAGUGAUAAUUGAUAUAAUGUUAAUUAUGUUUGAAAAGUGAUGAAGGAAUACUACAAAAUGUUUGAUAAUUGAUGAAUGAAUACUUCAAAUGAUAAUAAAAAUAAAUGGUGCAUUUAUUAAGUUUUAAGAUGUUCUCCAUUUAUUUGUGUACUUUGAUAUAUCUUCAAAGAGGAAAAAUUAGAUGCUUAAAUGAGGUCAUUUUAGGUGUCAGCCAUGGUCCAUAUAACUUUAGGUGUAAUACCACCAUUGAUUUUUCCCUAUUAGUCUUUGUUAAAUUUGCACUUUUCAAAAAAUUGUACAGAAUUUAUAUUUGUUUCAAAUAAAGAAAUACUUGGCAUGAGUAAAAUGUUAUCCUGUCCAGUUCUAUAGAAAAAUUUUCACAUAACAUUUCAUUGCAUAUAAGAAAAUAACCAUCAUUGGAAGUUAACCAAUCAAAUUUCUCCCCUUAUUCUAUCUGUACACAAGGUUUAGUCACCAUGUAACCUCAAGAUUACAAUUUUUUUUAUAGAAAUCACAAAUAAAAAAUAAUGGUGUUUUGAAAUACCCAAGACAUAUGUUUAUGACACAGAAAUAGUUUUACUGCAAUAAAAUGUAGGAUUAAUUACCUACAACGGUCAGAUUCAAGGGAAUAUUUUUUUCGACCUACUUUCAUAUACAACCAGAUGUGACAUACCAUGAUUUGGUGGUAUUACACCUUUACUAUAAUUAAUCAGCCUUAAAAUCUAUUCCUUAUCACUGACUACUUCACAAAAGGUAAAAUCUAAAAAUUAAAUGUGAUAGUAUUGCCAAUGAGACCACUCUCCACCAUAUACCAAAUGAGGUGAAGAUAACAACUAUAGGUCAUUAUACAGCCUUUAAAUACGAGCAAAACCCAUUUGACCUAGUAAUCUAUUAAAGGACACCAAAUGACCAAUGUAAAACAAUUCAAACUAAAAAAGUAAUGGCCCAAUUUAUGUGCAAAACAAUAAAUGAAAAAACAAAAUAUACAGAAUCCAGCAUCUACCAAUGAAUUAUAGGCUCCUGAAUUGCUACAGGCACAUACAGUCUGUGGUGGGUUUAAAAAUGUUUCUUGUUUGCCAAAUCUUCCCCCCUUACAUGGACAAUGGUAUAACAAUACAACAACGGGCCUAGGUUGGUUCAUCAACUUUAUCAAGUUAAUGUGACUUGGUAUUGGACUUCUGUUAGCUUGAACUGAAUAAUAGAGAACAAACUAAUUUUUUAUAGAUAUGUAUUUUAAUUACAAAUAAAUAAUAACAAAUAAGACACAGUUGUCUGUACCAGCAGACAAUAAUACAUUCAGUAAAUUGCAACUAAAAAAUGCUGAGGUUUCCUAUAAAAUUCAAAUAUCAAUGUAUGCAAUAGUAUUACAAAAUUAUAUUUGAUCUCAUUUAAAUCAAAUAAAUCAUUACAAAAUAUAAGUUUUCAGAGCUGAUUUAAUUUUUAACAAAGUGCUGAUGUUGUAAUUAAAUAGUUUUUAUUUUGCUGUGGAUACUGUACAUGAUGUAAAUAGGGAAGUAAAACCUACAUAUAAUCUUGUUGUCUUUUUUGGCUAUACUGAUGAAGAUUGAUUCAACAUCUAGCAUUGGUCAGGACACUUAUCAAUGUAAGAAUCUAAUAUUAAAAAUAAAUAAAAAAUACAGAAAAAUGUCCACUGAUUUAUUUCAAAAUUAUGAUAGAAAAUUAACUUUUCUAUAUAUCUUUUAUCUUGUCUUUGAAAUUUCUUUUAGAUUAGUAAACCGUAUUGCAGACAUCUCAUCAUGAAAAUAUUAUCAUUUAUAUUAAUUUUGGUAAUAAAGUUUUAUCCCACAAAAAUAUGACACAUGUAUAUAAAAUAAUCUCAUAUUUGGUAUAUCUGAUAUGUAUUCAUUUGGUCAAAUACUUUGAAUAAAUUGUACAAAAUAUGAUAAUCUAUUUGAAACUAACAGUAAUUUAAUUAAAGACCUCAUUUUAUGGAAGGCAGAGAAGGAUAGAAAAAAGAACAAUUUUCUUUGGGUUUAAAGAUUAGAUCAUGUUGGUUAUCAUAUAAUAGUAAUAAUUAAUUAGUUUGACAGAACAUAAGAGGUUAAAUGGCCAGCAUUUGCAUAUUUUGUGUUACUGAUCAUAAUGGAAGACUGGCAUUAUGAAAAUGAAAACAGGAAUGUUUAUGAAUCUUGUGGAGGUAAAAGUUGUUAGAAGUGUUACUUAAUAAUAAAAACAAAUAUAACAAUAUAUGAAAAACAGUAUUCUUCAAAUAAAACUAUGAAUCCCAAAGAAUUUUUUUU